AUGGGCGACAAGCAGAGCCGUUUGACCGGCGAGCCUGAAAAGGACGCCUCUUCGCUCUCGGGCGGGGGAGAUGAGCUGCCGAGUGAAGGCGAGAUCCUGGCGAAGCUCCUACAAAGCCUGAGCCAAUGUCCGGGUCAGUCCUUACCCCUGGCAGAGAUUCUUUCUAGGCUGCCUGCACCUCUCCGCUCCAAGACAGAUGCAGAAGGUGUGGUCACCUGGCUGCAGCGUUACGGCAUCUUCGAGGUGUCGGGACCCAAAGGGGAGGAGCGAGUGAUGCUUACCGUGGGAAUGCUCCCACAGGCAGAGAAGCCAAGCGCAGAAGAAAAGAGGCCGCCAGAGAAAGAGAAAGUCUCUGUGAACACGAGUUCCACAGUUCCAACACUUCCGGCUCCGGCACCACCGGGCCCUGUCCUGAACGGACCGGCGCCGAUCGUAGGCGAAGACCCCAAUGGACUCAAGAUUGAAAAGACAGAGAACAGGUUGACUUCCAAGGAAGCAAAUGCUAUUGUCGGAGACGACGACAACUUGAACCCUUCCUCUGUCCAGCUUCGUGGCCUCCCCUUCCGUGCAACCAUCGCUGACGUGAUGAAUUUCUUGGGAGAUCACGCAAGAUUUCUCAGCCCGGUGAGGGACAACAUCCGCCUUCUCUCAAACCGCGAUGGACGGCCUUCGGGCUUUGCACGAGUGUUUUUUGUUUCGCCUCAGGCUGCCCACAAGUGCCGAGAUGCACUGCACAAGAAGCAGAUGGAGAACCGCUACAUCGAGGUCCUGGCCUGCGCUGACCGCCGUGGCAGGAGGAAGGCAGACGAUCUCCUCAAGGAGCCAACCCUGGCCGCGGCAGUGAUGGACGCUUGCAGCGACCAGGAAGAGAAGGAAAGAGUUCUCGAAGAGUGUCGGCUUCACAUGAGCGGCCCGGAUCGGCAGCAGAUCUUGCUGAGCAUGUUGGGCAUUGCACUCUCGGACCAGUCCCGGGCCUACCUCCGCAGAGCCAACCUCGGCCUCAAGCACUUCCUCGCGCGCUUCCCCAACGAAUUCCUGAUUGAUGGGCCCAAGGGCUGUGAGAAGGUGCACUGGCUGAAUACAGACUUCCCUGAGGAGGGUGCCGAAGCUUCGAUUCCGAUGCUGGGGUCUGAGAAUUUGAACUGGGGCUUGGGCCCCAACUUGCCCAGCCUGUCCAAUCCGGAGCCUCAGACACCAGACCGGCGGAUGACUUCACCAACAGGGAAGGCUCCAUCUGCUCACAGCCACUUCUGCAUGGCUACCCCGAGCGAUUGGGGAACCCCUGCGCAGCAUCGUGGCAACAACCCGCUAGACUUGGAGAACUUCCCGAAUGUUGGCUGGCCGCCAUAUGCCGGUGCCCCAGGGCACGACCCAAUGAUGCCGAUGUUGGACUUCAGCCAGUUUCCACCAGGCGGUGGCUGGCCGGACUACUCAUGGCCGUCCUUCUCCCCGUGGAAUCCGAACAUGUCCUGGGGAGGUGAGGCGCAGAAAGGUGCCAAGAAGAGCAAGGCUCCGGAUGGCGCCUCCUUGAGAAGCCAUGCACAUCUUCACCCACAGGCACACCCCUUUGCCGGCCGCAAUGGAACUGUGGAGGAGCUCAGCGAGGGCAAGGAGAACAGGGCCGACGACAAAAGUGGCAUCGCAGCACUUCGUCUGAGAGGCCUGCCCUUCAGCGUCACCGUCCAGGAUGUCUUGGCCUUCUUCGCGCAACACGACGUCGCAGAUUUGAUUCAUGACGAGCCUGGAUCGGCGCUUCUUCUGCCGAAAGCAAACGGACGGCCUUCGGGACAGGCCGUUGUCCAGAUGCGUAGCCGAAAGGAUGCAGAGACAGCCCAGAAGGCACUCAACCACAAGUGGGUGGGGAACCGCUACAUCGAAGUAUUCGUCUAUGGUGAAGAGUCGGAGGAUACCUUGGGGGACGUCAAGGAGACGGACGACUUGAGUGCACAGCCUGAAGCCUCUUUGUUCUUGAGUCUUCUGGUGCGAAAUCCAGAGUUCGCAGAGUGGCGAGAGCGCCUGCAAUUAUCUGAAUUUCCGCAGGAUCUGUUCAGAAAUGCUCCGGAACAUAUCCGAGAUGAUCGAGAGAUUGCCAUGACUGUGCUGAGGAGACACGGCUACUCUCUUAAGUUUGCUUCACCAGACUUGCAGGACUGCGAGGAAGUGGUUCUUUGCGCCGUCGAGCAAGCUGGUUCGGCGCUGGCGCAUGCUUCCAGCAGUCUGAAGGCCAACAAGGCCGUUGUCCUCGCCGCCGUCAACACGUAUGGGUCUUCGCUUGAGCACGCAUGCCAGGAACUGCAAAGCGAUCGUGAAGUGGUCAUGGCUGCGGUAUCCAACCAAGGCCGUGCCUUGCGACAUGCGUCCAAGGACCUACAGGCAGAUCCUGACAUCGUGUUGGCUGCAGCCUCGCGCGAUGCAGCCGUCCUGGCCUUUGCAUCUGCCGAGGUGCGGAACGACAAGUAUGUCAUGGGGCAGGUCGCGGAGCAUCAGCCACACGGACUUCGCUACGCAGGGGAAGACCUUCGAAGUGAUUGGGGCCUCUGGCUGAAGGCUCUGGCGCGGGAUCCUUCGGUGCUCGCCUUUGCUCCCCAGGAGCUCCGAGCCAGUCGAGAGUUCAUGUGUUUGGCGGCACAGCGGAAUGGUUUCGCACUGGAUUAUGCUGUGAAGCCGUUGCAGAAGGACAUGAAGUUGCUAAUGAUUGCGGUCGAGCAGGUAGAGCAACAGUGCCGUACAGAGACCGGCUUGAAGCAGGACCUGUGUUGGCAGCUACCUCUCACAGCGUGA